AUUAGAGAGCGACGUGAGAUGGAGUGAAAGGUUCCCCCGGUGAAACCACGGCCUGGCAGCGACUCAUGACCAGAGUCCAGAUGAGGAGAUUAACCCCUGGACAGAAACAUAGACGCACGAUCUUCGCUGUCACACGCCGCUGCGCCAAAGCAGGAAAAACAACACCGCGGCUGCUUCCGGUUUCCCUCCCAGCAGUCAGCUGCCUCCUGCGGGUGGAUGUAGUCCGGUGUCCUCCUCCGCUCGCCGCCGCGAUGGGGGAGAACGACGACAGCGAGAUCAUCGAGCACCACGUCGAGGAGGAGAUGGAGAAGAAGCGCAGCAGGAGCCAGGCGUCCUCCUCCUUCCUGGAGAGCGUGACGCCGUCCGAGCGGGAGGGCCGCAGCGGCACGCAGUCCUCCCACCGCCUGCUGGCCUACAGCGACGCGCUCAUCUCCAUCAUCGCCACGGUCAUGAUAUUACCUGUUGCACACACAAAAGUGGAAGAUAACGAGGAGCUGAAGGAAAGCGUGCAGCUCCUGCUGACGACCAAGAUCGCUGUUUAUCUGAUGACCUUCCUCAUCGUGACGGUUGCCUGGGCGGCUCACAUCAGGUUAUUUCAAGUGAUCGUACGGAUUGACGAUUGCCUUGCACUCAUGAAUCUGGCCUGCAUGAUGCUGAUAACCUUCCUGCCGUACACGUUCUCCCUCAUGGCCACCUUCCCCGAGAAAGUCCUGGGCAUUUUGCUCUUCUGUGCUUGUGUGAUGGUGAUUGGCCUCAUCCAGUCAGUGAUUGUGGUCUACGCGUUCAGCCGUCCCUUCCUCCUGAACGAGCAGAUCCAGAUCUCGGAGAACCAGACCUUCUACAAACACCACAUCCUCAAGGUCAUCAUGAGGGUUCCCAUCAUGUGCCUCUUCGCCAGCAUCUUCUCCUUCAUCUUCUUCCAGCUGUCCUAUGUGCUGCUGGCCAUCGUCAUCUUCCUGCCGUACAUCUCCCAGUCUCUGAGGUGGUGUCGCAGCAAAGCCAUCGGCCAGGUGGAGGACACCCCGGACUCCAUGUUGUUUUACACUUACCACCCGAACGAACCCCUGAGCAAGGAGCGAGUGGAGGCUUUCAGCGACGGAGUCUAUGCCAUCGUAGCCACGCUUCUCAUCCUGGACAUUUGCGAGGACAACGUCCCAGACCCGGCGACGGUCAGGGAUCGCUACGGCGGCAGCCUGACAGCGGCCCUGCAGAGCUACGGCCCCGAGUACCUCGCCUACUUCGGCUCCUUCGCCACAGUCGGCCUCCUCUGGUUUGUCCACCACUCGCUGUUCCUCCACGUCACCAAGACGACGCGCUUCAUGGGCCUGCUCAACACUUUCUCCCUGGCGUUUAUCGGAGGUCUGCCGCUGGCCUACCAGCUAACGCACGAGUUCCCGCGCAACUCCCGCAACGAAUUGGAGGCCAUUCAGAUUAGCUGCGUUAUCAUUUUCUUUGCAGGUAUAUUCCAGCUCGCUAUUUGGGUGGUGGCGCUUUUCAAUGAACGCGAAACCCUGCACCCGUAUGUAAGAUAUGGCGGACGCGAGCAUGUGUUCAUGCUGGCGAAGCUGGCGUUGUACCCUUGUGUAGCUCUAGGGACAUUUUUCCUAACUUGUAUUUUGAGUAAAUUUAGCGCCCCGAUUUUUCACCUGAUGGAGAUCACGGUGCCUUUUGCCUUCCUGGUGUUGAGGCUGUUGGUGCGCGUUGGGUUGGCGCUGCUGCGGCUGAUUUUCUGUCCAGAGAGGCCAGACCCGAGGACUGUUUUAGAGGAGGAAGAUGAGGAGACGAGGACGCCGUUCAGCGCACUAGUCACCUAGCCGUGAGGAAGGGAAGUAGCCGCAGGAAAGUGAGACGACUGGCGCAGCAAUCAGGCACUGCAGACAUGCAUGGCCACCAAAGAGUUGAGGGUUAGAUUCCAUUUGAAUUAGAUUCUUGUCAGGAAGCCACGGAGUCAGAGCUGAGAACGAUUUGGGAAAUAACAAGUGGACUGCCCUCUUUUCCACGCUUAAGCUUAAGUCAAAAUGUUGAGUAGGAAUCAGCUGAAAUGGAGUUGGACGCGACCUCGACUGCGUUGUGUUGAAGGGAAGGUGCAGAGCAGGUGGAGGACGGUGAGGAAAAACACAGUGGACCAGAAGAGUUACGGGUACAGUAACAGUCUAUUAAUACUGACAGCCAAAGUCGAUCCAUCCGUUUUAUUUUUUAACUAAUAACUUUGUUGAUUUUCUAACGCUAGUUUUAAUCAGAACAACCAACAAUCACCAUGGAUUCUGUUGGAUUUAGAUCAUCGAAACAAACGCAAAUGCUCAUCUAACACUAAGCCACAGUGAAGUUUCCCACAGUUAUAAUGGGUCUCAGACAUGUUUUGAAAUUGUAUAGCUGAGCGCACCAGUCGCCAUGCAGUUUCAACUCUUCCAGUUCAACCUGAAGAGGCUCAAUAGAAAGAACCGAUAUUGAAAUAAUAACUCAACCAAUCCGAUUACACAGUAAAGAUCCAGACUCCGUCCAGUCACUAUGUUGUUUUAUAACUUUUUAUUAACCCAGGGCUAGAUUGUUGGCCUGUUCAGACACAUUCAGUCACUGACAUUAAUACUUUAGAGCUGCUAGUUGCUUGUUGGCCGGAGCGGCUGGGCUUUAAGGAACCUCGCUCUGUCUCAAUAUUUAUUUUCUAAUCUGACACGCCCGUUUGUCUUGUUACUGAGCGUGACGACGGCAUAAGGAUUUGUGAAGACAUGACAUUGUUGGCAGAUCUACAGAUGUUUAAAUGUCUGGAGUGCUGGGCGCUUCAAAGACACAUCGUACGGGUACGGCCAUAAAACUCUAAACUGAACUUUUUAAGAAUGUUAGGUCGAUGUUUAUGACUCAGAUAGUUUUAGCGUCGUUCGAUGGAAGCCUUUCAAGAUAUUGCACUGCGACAUUAUUUCAAACGUACGGGAAGGCUUUGCACUAAGAAUGUCCCCUAAAUGUUAGAGAGCUUCUCAUACCAUUCUUGUUUAGCUAUAUCUGAGGUACAGUUUGAUGUGGGGAAAAGGCCAGGUAUUGUUUUUAGUUACAUUUAUACUGAUUUAAAAAAAAAAAUUAUAGAAAAGCCUCACAAAAAAAAAAAAAAAUCCAUCCAUUCUCCCGACACUGAACGAUGAGUGUACA